CUUCCUGGACCUCGUGUGGUUCAACCCUCAGCUCGCCCAAUUCGGUCUCGUUUGCGCUCCGGGCGUUACAGGCUUUUGCGGGACUGCUCAGCCUUUUCGGAUUGUCCAUCUGCAAAGAACGAUGAUGAAUCGAUAUGUAGCCGCAUAUAUACCACAAGGCAUCACUCCCGAGCCGAUAAGCGACGAGUAUGAGCAUCUCAGUGCACUCGGUAUUGGCCAUACAGUUACUUCGCGUUUAUUCCACGGAGCUGAAAAGCAAAUAAGCAUCUAAACUACGCUCGAGGUGAAAAAAGGCCUUAAAACAACAAAGACCCUUGCGGUAGUGCAGAUAACAGAGGUGAUAAGCAAAAUGAAGCAAACUCCUGGGCCCUGCAAAAAAUCCUCUGAAGGCUCAAAAAUUGGAUAUUAUAAUGAAGAAAAAUCGGACAUACAGCAGAAGUGUAUCAUGUCAAUGUCGAGGAUCGCCCAAAUCGAGACAAGCCUCAAGUCGCUGAAAACGUUCUCGGGCGACAUAAACGGACUGCCUCUGAAGACGUGGAUAGAAAACUUGGAAGAUCUGACGAGGAUAGAUGGCUGGAGCCAGUACGAGACCUUCUACGCAGCCAAGAAAUCGCUAACCGGAGCCGCCGCUGAGUGGCUGCAGUGGAUGCAGACUACCGGCCAAGUCAAGUGUUGGUUAGAUCUGAAGGUUGAACUGAAGAAAACGUUCCUAUACGAGGUGAACGAGUUCUAGGUCUUGGAGAAGCUCAGGACAGAAGGUCCGAAGCGAGGCGAGUCCUUGCUUGAGUACAUGUAUCGAAUAAGGCGUUUAGCCAGUCAGGCGAGUGUAUCCGAUAAGCUGACCCUCGCGUACACGAUAAACAGAAUCGAAGCCUUUACUUUCCACGAUUUACGUCUCAACAAUUGUCAAACUUUCGCCGAACUCAAAGCCGCUCUGCUUACGUACGAUGAGAAAAAAUUGCAUAAUACGUUAUCUUAUAAGAUGAAGAAUAUCCUGUUAACAUUAGGUGCUUUAUUAUUAUUUUUGUUUUGUAAAAUAAUGCUGUCGUUGAUUUUGCCAAAGGAAACGAGUCACUAGUAGAGAUACGACUGAUAAUCGUAUACGCGAAGGUAAAUUUAAUUACACUGACUAUGUUAAUUUUUUUUAUUUUUAUUAUUAUGGCGUCGAGAAAGAUGAUGGUCCGAACGCGCGAAAAGCAUGAAAUUUCAAAUUCAUUAUAUUUCUAUUACCUUUAUUUUCAUGCUCUGUUAAGAUCAUUGUUGCCAACAGCGCAAACCUCGUUUAUAACUUGCGCAUUUUUUACUCUAGCUUUUUUUGCGAUUCUUGAAGAAUGGAUUUUAUAGCACAGUGUGGCUAAAAUCCGCUGUUAAGUCACGCCUAUCUGUGACUAAUAGUACAUUACGAUACGUGUGACUUAAAUGGUUCUUUUUUACACGCCGUGUAAAACUGAACCGUUAAAAUCAAGAGUAUCGUACAAAAUUUUAUAGCACAUGCUGCUAAAGUCUCGCCUAUUCUUGACUAAAGUAGUCCUUAUUUGCACCGUGCAAAAAAGGAUUACUUUAGUCACGAGACUCUUGACUUAAAUGGUUUUUAUACACGGCGCCGUGUAAAAAAGAACCAUUUAAGUCACACGUAUCGUAAUGUACUAUUGUUUUAUACACUGCAAUUAUUUGCGUUCGUUAAUUAAGGUUAUAAUUUGUGAUUUUCAAACAAAAUUUGUUAUUGUUUAAGUUUUUAUUUCAACCUUGUAUAGUACCCAGAAUCUAAUAAAUAUGUAUGCACUCUUUUGUCUCAAAAACUCUAACUAUUAAUUCACAACUGCAAUGACUUUAUACAUAUGUAUAUUAUUAAUGCCAAAAAUCAUAGUCCCUAUAUAAAAAAGUCAUGAACGGAUGAAGUGAAGCCAAGAAUGUGUCAAUAUGAUUGGCUCAUGUAGUGCGCAUGCGUCAAAAGUAUCGUUAGAAUUUUUUGAUCUGUUUUUGAUUUCUAAAAUUGAUUCUAAUAUUAAAAAUGUAAUAUAAUACUAUAAUACAUAUCAAAUUAUAAUUUGUGUAUUUAUAAUAUUCUAGAGACAUUCUUCUCUCGAGACUAUUCUAUUAUCGAGACAUAACCUUGAAAUUUUAAAAGGAAGUUGGCGACGAAACUGCGGCAAUUUUGAAAUUUAUAUGAGCGCGAAAUGAAUCAUAUAUUGUAAAGUUUGAUAUAUUUCCGUGAUAGAAAACAUAUUAAAAAUAUCAAUCAAGUAUUUAUAUUCCAUUUAAUAAGUUAACGAAAUUAUAGUCUAUUACAGUGCGCGCAGCGCACUGCGCCAAGUCUAGUAAUUUAAAAUUACGAAUUCAUACGGCUAUUAAGAAAAGUCUGCAUUUUUAAAGUAACGUACAAUAAUCUCUCUCUCUCUCUCUCUCUCUCUCUCUCUCUCUCUCUCUCUCUCUCUCUCUCUCUCUCUCUCUCUCUCUCUCUCUCUCUUUUGCAGAGCAUCCCUCAGCACGCCGUGUCCCAACGCCAAGCUACCACUCGGUACGCCGCGUCCCAACGCUAUCCCUCCCCCCCUUGCCCUCCACAUUUUCGAGAACUAGGCACUUUUCACAAACAACACCAUACACAACUGCACGCCGGCCCAGCCGCCACCUCUCCCCUAAGCUCGCCCCUCUUCUGAUGCCCACGCGGAGGGCCGAGGUACAAGCCGUAGCGACCGCAUCUGUCAUUCGCAAGCUGAGCAAUAACAAGCGAGCAUCUAUUUUCUACCUCUAGUGCGUAUCCGUAUGCAUCCAACGAGUGAAGCCAUGGCACCAACAAUCAGCGCAAUGAAGACCAGCGACAAGGAAAUUAAGGAUGACAUGAAAAAUAUUAUGGAUCAACUUAAGUGCAGCGAUUCUCCCUUCAGGCUCCUCCAAAUCAACAAAGCCCUCAAAUCGCUUCGAAAGUUCUCGGGCAGCAAGAACGGAGUGGCCGUCGACACGUGGAUAGUAGACGUAGAGGUUCUGGCCAUCAUCGGGGGCUGGAGCGACUUCGAGACGUUCCACGCAGCCAAGCAAAGACUGAGUGGCGCCGCCGGUAAGUGGAUCGAGUUCCGCAGCAAAAUCCGCUCUUGGAGGACUCUGAAGCAAGAACUGGUGAACACGUUCCAGUACCAGGUCGACGAGUACCAGGUCUUGGAGAAGCUCAGGGAAGGACAUCCGAAGAAAGGCGAGUCGCUGCUCGAGUACAUGUACCGAAUGAGGUGCUUGGCCGAUAAAAUUUCCAUCUCCGAGAAUCUCGCCCUCGCUUACACGCUCGACGGGAUCCCCGUGGGCGUUUUCAACAAAGCCGGGCUUGAAAACUGCAGCAGCUUCGACCAGCUCAAGAACGCCCUGGCUGCGUACGAUGCGAAAGAGGAAGAAGGGGAUACUUGGUUUCAGAAACUGGACAUUCUAGGUGCGCUGAGGAAAGGAGACACCGACCGCUACUCUUGGUUUUUAUUUGCCCUUAUGCUCUUUAUGUUGUUAAUUGACUUGGGUCUAAGUUUAAUGCUUGAUGAGAUAAAAAAAAGAACCGCAUUAUGCAACAAAUAAGGGGAAUGCGAAGAUUUCUUCGCGCUCUUUUGUUUACAGCUUAUAAAUUUAGAGAUUUUUGUUCACUGUGAUCUUGCGACUUUGUGACGUUAUUAUAAAUGUAUUAUCGACCGUUAUUCUUAUACAUUUUAAAAACUCACGAUUUAUACUCUAAACCUCUGCGAUUUUUGAAUAAUUAAUUCCAUUUCAUAUUGUGAUAUCUAGCGUCUUUAUAACGUUAUCAAAUGUACUAUCAAUAAUUAUGCUACUAAUAUAUUUCACGUGAAAAGAAAA